AUGGGAAGAAGUCUACAAGAAUUCUGGGAGACGGUGAAGCGGAAAGUGAGCGGCAACGACUCGACGGCCACUUACGAACCGAUCCGCGUCGAUUCCGAACCCGAAAACAGCGAAUAUGGGGCUUUUGAGAGCCCUUCUACCAGGUUUGGAUUCAUUAAAUAGGAAAAAAAUACAAUUUAUUUUGAUAUCCUUUAAAAAGAAAAAAAUUAAUAUCAUCAACCAGAAAAUCAGUGGCUUUUUCGAAACGUUCCAAAAUGUUGUAAAUCGAUUUAUUUUUUUCACUUUUUUUAAAGGAACUUUGGCUUUUUAGCCAUUCUUUUUCUUAAAACUUAUUUUUCUUCCCAGUAACUCUUGAAUUUAAAAAUAUUCGACAUUAAAACUGCUCAUUUUUUUAUAUUCAAAAAAACAUUUUUCUAACUUUUUUUGUCGCCUUAUAAGAUUAGGGUUUUUUUAUCGAAUUUUGGUCUUCUUUUUUUUUGGAAUCUUCUAUAACCUUAUACAUUUUUUUAUCAGCUUUAAAAGGAUCUUUCGGAUAAAAAAAUCCAUAGAAAUGUGCUAGGGAGUUUUUUUAAAAGGUCCUUUUUGGUAUUUUUGGACUUUGCCUGCGGAAAAAGAUUUUUUUAAAUAAAAAUCCGGGGUUUGAAGCUUUUUUCUGUAUAUUUCUGUUAAAACUGUUCUUGCUGAUGAAGUUUGCACCACAAAAAAUUAAAAUAAACAUAUUUUCCAGCACCAGAAGCCCCACACAAGGAUACACAGAACUGAUGGGCGGCAGUGUUCCCUGUCCGUCUUGCAAAGGUUCUGGACGUAUUCCCAAAGGUAGAACAGAUUUUUCGGAUUUAUCUGGAGCUCAAUUUCGAAAAGUUGUUGAUAAUUUUCCCUGUUUUGAAAGAUGGAAGAAGGUUGGCGCUUGAAAAAUCGAACAAAAACGAUUAAAAGAAUAAAAUGGAUAGGAAGAUUUAAAUUCUGAUAAAUUUCGAUUUUUUUGGCUUGGUUUUCAGAAUUUAGCGAUCAUUUUCACUUUUAUUGAAUCGUAGGAAAAAUUAAUGGUGUUUUAAAUAUAGAAGAAUGAGAAAACUUUUGGAAAAGCCUAAUUUUCGAUAAAUUUUUGAAUAAACGGCAAUUUUAUUUUUUUUGGCUCGUUUCCAGACUUUACUGAUAAUUUUUAGAAAUGGAAGAAACAUUGGUGGCGUUGAUACCAUUCGACGACGAAAGAUUGAAACCCAAAAGGACUUUUUAUUUAUGUUCUCAUUGGGAUCGCGGUUCGUUUUUUUGGGGUUUUUAUAAGUUUAUAUCAUUUGGAAAUUAUUAAAAAGCCUUCCGAAGACCAUAAAAAAAGAAUAAAAAAAUCGUUUAUUUUUUUCGAAUAAGUAAUCCUUUUUUUCGCACUUUUUUUCAAGAAUAAGUAUCUUUUUGAGCUUUUUUUCCUAAAAAAAGAUUAUUUUGAAAGUUGUUUUUUUAAAAAUUUUUUUCUCAUCAUUUUUGUGUUAAAUUCAGGGGUCUAUAUGGUGUUUCUUCCUUUAAAAUAUUCAAAAAAAUGAACUAUGAAAUUUUUGGGUUUUUUUCUUGACUCUGUUGCGUAUAAUAGCCCUUCUUUUUUUGUGUUCCUUUUUAUUAAAAUUUUUUUAAUAUUCCGAAAAAAACGCUUUUUGAAGGCUUUUUCUUUUUAUAUUUUACGACACUCUUUUUGUGUAUACAAGUCUUCUUUCUUCUACUUUAUCAUUUUGAAAUUUUUGAAAAUGCGAUUUUUGAAAGCACUUUUUUUGAAAUUCACGUCACUAUUUUUGUGUUUAAAAAGUCUUCUAUCUUGUAUUUUUUUCCGCCUGAAUUUUUUUCAAAAAUGCCCUUUCAAAGUUUUUUUGAGCCUUUCGAGUACCUUUUCUCUCAUAAAGUUGGCGCAAAAAGCGCUUUGAAAGCAUUUUUUUGAAAUUCACGUCACUCUUUUGUAUAUGAAAGUCUUCUUUAUGUUGUUUCUUUAUUUUGAAAUUUUGAAAAUUCGACUUUAAAAGCAUUUUUUUGAAAUUCACGUCACUAUUUUUGUGUUUAAAAGCCCUCUAUCUUGUAUUUUUUCGUCUGAAGUUUUCAAAACUGCCUUUUUUUGAAUCUUCUCUUUCAAAAAUUUGCCCAAUUUUCCCCUUCCAGAUAUGCAUUUUUCAUCGCCGGCGGGGCGAUUUUUCAUGUUGGUUCCAAGGGCCGUCGAACUGUCCAGUACGAAUUUCGCCAUUGAUAAUGUUAACGUCGAAGGUCACGCGAUUCAACCACAGGCCUAUAUAAAAUUCAAUUUCAUGGUGGGUUUUUUGAAGAUUUUUCGAUUUUUAUCUAGUUUUUUGAGUGAAAUCUUUGAAUUUACCUUGUUUUUGGAUCGAGGAAUGUUUAAAGUCUGGUUUUUCGGAAUUUGUGAACUUUUCAGAACUAUUUGAAGUUUCUAACUAAUGAAAUAAGGAAAAAAAUCGUUUUUGUAAUUUUGAAUUUUUUAAAAGAUUUUUUUCGGGUUUUUUUCAUCAAUUUUUAUGUACUUUUUUGGGUUCAAUCUUCAAAUUUAUUUGAUUUUUGAUUCAAAGUUUGAUUUUUCCAACUCUUACAACUUUUCAGUAUUUUUCGGGUUUUUUUCAUUAAUUUUUACGUAGUUUUUUGGGUGGAAUCUUGGAAUUUACCAUGUUUUUUUAAUUCAAGAAAUGUGUGUUUAGAGAGAAUGUUUAGAGAUUGGUUUACUUGAAUUUGUGAGCUUUUCAGAACUAUUUGAAGCUUCUGACUGAUAAAAUGAGUGAGAAAUUUUUUUGGGAUUUUCGAUUUUUGAAAAUUUUUCGGGUCAUUUUUCGACUUUUACGUAGUUUUCCGGGUAGUAUCUCCAAGUUUAUCUAGAUUUUUAAAUUAAGGAUAAUUUAGAGUUUGAUUUUUUUCUGAGUUUGGCACUCUUCCAUAACUAUUUGAUGCUUCUAAAUGAUGAAAUAUGGGAAACAUCUUUUUAUGAUUUUUGUAUUUUUUGAAGAUUCUUCAGGUUAUCCUUCAAUUCAUCUAACCUUUUUUCAGAAUCACAUAAACGUAUCCAAUGCAAACUACUACAAUGUCCAAGUCGUCAAUACGACAGCGCAGGUUUUUUUAAUUUUACGUUUUUUUAUAGGAAUUUUUUUAUUUUUUUGAAGAUUUUUUUCGAAAAUUUCCAGCCAGUAAAAUUGGAUAAUUGUUAAUUUUUACUUUUUUUAAAAAGAAUAUUGAAUUAGAAAGUUUUUCUAUUAUUUAACGUUUUUUGAAUAUUUAGUCGAAAAAUAAAUGAAAAAGCUAUGUUUAAUGAGAAUAUAAAAAAAGCAAAACUGUGAGAUCAGGAUCUGAAAAAAAGAGUUUAAAAAAAUGCCUUGGGAUGCUUUUAUUUGGCCUAGAACCCAUUUAGAAAUAUUUUCCGAGAAUAAAUUCGGUGAUAUGAAAAAAAAGACCAACGAAAAUUCAAACGGAAACUUUACCGAUUUUUUCAUAUCACUAAGGAACUUUCCGACGAAUCUUUUUCAGACUUUGUUUCUCGUUAAACUCUUCGUUUCAAAUCUUCCUAUAUAAAGUAGGUAGUUGGUUCAUGAUUAAAACACAAAGAAAUAGGGAAAAAAUGUUAAAUGAUGUUUUAUAAACCGAAAAAUAUAAGGGAAAAAGUCGUAAAGUUCCUUAGCGAUAUGAAAAAUCGGAAAAUUCGCCUUUUGAAAUUUCGCUGUCUUUUUUUCAUACCAUCAUAAAUUCCUCUCCAGAUUGUCUCGAAAUUCACGCCGCGGGAACACGACACAGUUGGAAUGGGCUUCAACUCAACGCACAUGACGAUUUCGCCGCUGAGCCUCUCCGAAAACAACAUGAUUCUGUUCAACAGCACAGUCACGUUGACUGAUAUUGCUGCGUCAGUUCAUUUUAUUAAUUUUUAGGUAUAGAAGCUGCAGAGCGGUCCCUAUAGGGGUUACCUGAGAGGCCCUUGAAGAUUUCCAUCUAGGGACCCCCUUAUAGGGGCACUAAGGCUUGCAAAAGUGGUCCCUAUAGGGGUUUUAGUUAUUGGAGAGCAUAGUAGUUGAUUAUUUUUAAAAAAAAAUCAGAACAAAAAAAAUUAAAAGAGCGCAUAAAUUUUAGCGGGCUUUGUUUCUCCCUAACCCCUGUAAUGACAACUCUGGCGUUCAUAAAACGAUUUGAUAAACUGUUAUAUAAAUCAUAAGAAUCAUAAACAGACCCUGAACUCCUGCAGAGAAAACCAUAGUUUUGCCCCUGUAGGGAUCGCUUUUUUGACCCCUAUAGGGGCCACUAAAUCUUGUUUCGUCCCUUCUAACUUUUGAAGAAAGGAAAAUGGUUAAAAGUGUCAGAAAAAGCGAUUUGUCAGCAUUCGACUCUUUUGGCUGACCUAAAGAAUUCCUAAGGGUAUCCUAUAGGGUUUCGCUAUUUUAAGGACCACUUUAGGGAUCCCUACGACAGCGUCCUCGACGUUUUUCUGAUAAUAAAGAUUGAGAAAUCUGCUAAAGUCAAAGUAGAAUAACUCACCAGGGAACGUUUUUUUACCCCCCCGUUGAACUUUUGCUGAAACUUUGCUUAAGUGUACUUUAGGACCUCCUGAUUCCAGAACAAGAAAAAAAUUUCUCGCAAUAGAUCUCGUUUUCGAGUUUUGGAGCUUCAAAGUGUGCAAAAUACGCAAAUUAGGCCAAAAAAGCGCUAUUUCGGGCUUUUGAAGUGUCCUAACUCGAAAACUAAUCUAUUGCGAGAAAUUAUUUUCUUGUUCUGGAAUCAGGAGGUCCUAAAGUACACUUAAGCAAAGUUUCAGCAAAAGUUCAACCGGGGGGUAAAAAACGUUCCCUAGUCAGAAAUUUGCCAAAUUUGCUAAUAAACCGAUUUAUUUUUUUUGAUAACUACGCUAUGGAAAAUAAACCAAGAAUCGAAUUUUUCAGCAGAAAGAAAUUCGUAAUUUUGAAGUAUUGAAAAUUUUUCUUAUCGAUUUUUUUCCAGAGAAUACUGCCAACAAUCGUAUUCGCGACUGACGGCGCUGUACGUCAACAUGCAGUUCGACAUCGUCGUCUCCUUUUUGUAUUUCAAUCACAGGGAACAGGUAAAAAAUGCCCUUUUCCGACAUAUUUCUAUGCGUUUGAAAGGAAAACAGAUCAUAAACGAAAAAAUAGGACCAUUUCGCUCCAUUUGGUAUCAAUUUUCUUUUUCAAAUAACCUGAAAUGCUUCAAUUGAAAGAAAAUAUAUAUUCGUGUCUUUUUUUAAGUUCAUUUUAUAGCCCUCCGAACGAAACUUUCAAAAAUUUUUUCUUCUUUUCAAGAAAUCUUGACUAUUUUAGGUUCUAAUCUCUUUGAGAGGAUGAAAAAUUCUAAUUUCGAAGCGUUUUUGCUGAGUUUCAAGUCAUUUCGAUCGUUUCAGCUGUUAAAAAAAUGCUAUGAAAAAUUCAAUUUCGAGUUUUUCUGAAAAUUUAAAUUUUGAACUUGUUAGAGCUCCAAAAUCGCUUCAAAAAAAGGGCGUAAUAUUCCGAUUUUUGAAGCGUUUUUUUGCGAAAUUUUUGAGUCGUUUUGAUCGUUUCAGCUGUUAAAAAUGCUAAGAAAAUUCAAUUUCGAGUUCGAAAUAUCUCUACUUCUUUUUUUAAGUUUUGAACAGUUUGGAGCUUCAAGGGAUCAGUUGAGGAAAAAAUGUCCAAUUUCGCUGAAAUUUGUGUUGUUUUUGACUAGUUCAGCUGUUAAAAAUGCUAUGAAAAAUUUCAAUUGCGAGCUUUUUCUGAAAAAUUUAAAUUUUGAACUUGUUAGAGCUCCAAAAUCGCUUCAAAAACGGCAUAAUUUUCCGAUUUUGAAGUGUUUUUGUUGAAUUUUGAGACAUUUUGCUCGUUUCAGCUGUGAAAAAUGCUCUGAAAAAAAUCAAAUUUCAAAUUGUUUUUUUCUCUGAAAAUUUGAUUUUUGGAGUUUUCAAUGCUUUUUCCGUGAAGAAAAUGCGAUUUUCCAAAUUUUCAGGCUUCUUUCACGACGGUGCAGCCGGUUUGCUGCAUCCCCACCGGAAAUUGUACUUCUACGGCUUGGAUUUAA